UUUUAAACGGAAGCAAAUCCCUGAAGGACUGCAUUCAAAAAUGCCAUUCGAAAAAUUAAAUUAUGGAUUUUUGUUAAUCUUGGGACUGUAAUGCCUUAUGAUAUGCUGCAUACGUACAAUCGUAUCGGUCAGAACUUUCCGGAUAAAUAAUUUCUGCCGUCCCCAGUUUUUCAAUAACAGAAAAUGGCAAAAAGGGACAUCAUAGGAUUUUUACAAUCUGUACGAGCCGGUCUGUUAAAUAUUAAACAUCCUGAUAAUUAUUUAAGAUAUCAAAUUGGAAAUGAAGUAUCCGCAAGAACUCAGCCUGCUCCCAAUCUUCCCAACGGCCCACAUGACAAGUUGUCCACUAAUUACUAUCUGGGCAGGGACGCCCGCCGCUUGGUAGCUCCACCUGAGGAGAUCCUGUCAGGAGGACGGAAGCUGCUCGCUAACACAGCUACCUCAGAAGGAACAGCGCCAAAAGCAACAAGUUUCAAAGCUAUCACACCAGGAAACUCCUAUCUGCCGGAAGCCAUUCAGCUGCCGUACUAAAUCAUGUUUUUCUUGUUUGUAUAAUAAAUAUUAUAUUAAAGAU